AUGAAAGGAGUCGGAGGCGCGUUGUGCUGUUGCUGUGGUGUUGGCAGCAAAGCGGAGCGGUGGGAAGUUGAGGGCGGCAAACCAGGUCUUGCGGUGGACGGGUCACGGGGGUGCUCCCCUGCUGAAGGUAUGACAGCAGGCUCCAUCGCAGUGCCACACAUCAUCCCACUUAGGAUCCCUCAGCAAGGCAAAGCCAAGUAUGAAAUUGAUACCAACACUCUUAUCGGAAUCAAGUCAGACACUCAUGAUGUGGAUGUGUACUACACUGUGAAUGGCAGCAGACCUCAACCCCAGAAGAAACCAAGCCACGGGGACAGCUCCACCUUCAAGUACAGAAAGCCAUUCACCUUGCCCGCAGGCAAAAGGACUGUUAAGUCUUUGGCUGUCUCUAGAGAUGGCCGAGAGAGUGGUGUUGUAACUAAGGUGUUUCUUGUGGAGUAUGUGCAGCCCAGCUCAGUAGAAGUGCUGGAGGAUGAUGAAGAGAAUUUCCUCCAAGAUUAUAAAAAGGAGCUUUCCAGACAGGAAACUCAGGAAAAGUUGUCAUGUCUGUCAGUGGAGUUUCACCCAGCUUUAAACAAGGAAAGCAGCCUUGCCUGGGAGGAGGCAACUCAAAGGAGCCAAGAACUGAAGAUAGAUGGCAGCAAUCAUCACAAAUCAUUUAAGAGCCCACGGUUCCUGAACAGUCGUCUAGGAGCCCAGGCCUCUGAAUGCGAGCCUCAGUCACACGGGUUGCAGCUGACUGCUUCUGUGGACUCACAUCCUCCCAAGAUGCCAAGCAGUACACAAGCCAAGAGGAUCGUGAGGGAGUCUGAUUUCCUGAAGUGUGUGUCUUGCUUUGCUCCUCGCCCAUCAGAUCCCUUUGCACGUUUCUGUCAGGAGUGUGGCUCCCCUGUUCCCCCGGUGCCAGGCCGCAGGCUUCUGCCUCCCGAAGGAGCUCAGAUGGGGCUCUGUGUUGAAUGCAAGACAAUGAUCCCAUUGAAUACUCCAACGUGCAUUGUAUGUGAGGCUCCUGUAACACCUCAGCUGAUGCCUCAGGCCAGCAUCCGCCUCCAGGACAAGAUUAUCUGUCGAUCUUGUGGAACGGGAAACCCAGCCAAUAUACAGCACUGUGUAACCUGUGAAACCAAGCUGUCGGACUCUCCUAAGCCACUUCUUAGUGGAGAUCAUGCUGUACCAUUACCAAGUCAAGAAGGCAAGUUAUUAUCUUGUUCCAAAUGCAGUCGGGUUAACAAUACUGAUGCUCGAUUCUGUGACUGGUGUGGAGCCAAGCCAGGUCCUGCUAUGAGUUACCUCGGGUGUUCCAAAUGUGGCGCAACUAACCAUCCAUAUGCUCGUUUCUGUUCAUCCUGUGGCGUUUACCUGGAGCCGCCCCCACGGAUGGAUUCGCGCAACAGCACGCUCUUUGGUUCUGGCCUAUCUGUGCCUCCAGCUGAGACCACAGACCUGCAUGCUUCUGCAACCUGGCAACCUUUGACCAUCCCAUUGCCACAGUUCAGACUUGGAUAUAAUAAGGAGGAUCAGGCGACCCAAACAGUGGGCCUUUUUUACCCAUCCUGCAAGAUGAUGGAGAAGAGGGAAAUGGAGAUCACCUCUCAACAAGAAAAGCAGCAGAAGAUGACCAGUCGACGACCCCUUUUAACCGCUGUCAGUCCUGGAAGAGGGUAUUGGAGAAUGCAGUUGGAUCACAUCUGUGCACAUCUGCGCAGUUAUGCACAUAACAACACUGAAUUUCGAGCUCUUAUUGGAGAACCUCAAAUGGGAAAAAUCAUAUCAGCUACAGUCCAUGAAGAUGGUUAUGAGCUCAGCCUCCAGCUGAACUUUGUCCUUGCAGGAAAUAAGAACCUACUAACUAGAAACUCGUCAAAGAUUUCAGAGAGCAACUACCUCAGCAGCGUAACUGAGGGGAGAGACCUGCUGUACGGCAGUCUGACUAGUCUGGGUAGUGAGCAUCAGUCAGACGGAGCAGACACCUACAAGAAGCCGAAAAAAUCGCGGAGGAAAAAAGAAGUGUUGGUGAAAGAAGACAGGCUGCCAACAGAAGACCAGCAGCUGCUGAAGGAAGUGGGACCUACUGGCCUGGGGAGGAUCUCGGAAGUACAGCAGUUACUCGAUGAAGGAGCAGAUCCAAACUGCAGCAAUAGUGAUGAAAGGCCAGUGUUAACUGUGGCUGUUCUGAACCAAUAUCAUGAGGUGAUACCGGUUCUGGUGCAGAAGGGAGCAGAUAUUAACCAGCAGUCUGGCCGCUUGAACAAUACGGCCCUCCACGAGGCUGCAGGAAUGGGAGCCCAGGGAGUGAAAUGUGCAGCUGUUUUACUUGGCUGUAAUGCAAAUAUAAAGAAGAAAAAUAGUAAAGGUUUAACAGCAUACGACCUGGCUGUUAAGACUGGCAGUGACAAACUAACAUCGCUGUUUGCUGCAAAAAUGGGACAGGGCAUGUUAGCCAAGUUUACCAAGACCAAACAUGUAAGCCUGGAUGUCUUCUAAUGAUCUCCUCAAG